AUGACGAUUAAUCCCAUAAAAAAGAAUCCCUCUCAAGUUGCCCUUUCUGCUCUAAUGGAGGAAUCGAACUCGUUGCCAUCACCCUUGCUGCCGGAGUCAAUGAUCCAACAAUGGAAUUCGCUGACACCUGAGGUCAAGGCAGCCUUGAUUGCCUAUGAAAUGAACGCUCCUGGGCCAAGUAAGGUGUCGUCAGUCUCUAGCUUUACAUCCACUACAAGUAGCAGUGACGGCGACAGCGAAGACAAAACUGAAACUGGCGCCAUCGUCGAGGAGGACAAGGUAGCAGGCACGAAAACUGUGCUGACGCCUUUGGAAAGAGCUCCUGAGAAUGUUUUCGAGAUUACGAAAACGACGUCUCAAAAGAGCACUGAAGUUAAGAAGACUUCCGCAUCGACAGUCACUACCAAGACCAUCAUUUCUACGACGACAAAGGGGUGGAGAAAUGUCUUCACCCUACCCAUCUCCUAUGAUGUUAACAUGGUUCAAAAUGGGUCGCUUCUGGACCCUGCCAACCUUCAAAUGCUCGAAGCCACCGGAGUUCACCCCGAGGGCUACAACCGCAGAUAUGCUGUCGUCGACGCCGCUGUGGAAGCCGCUUACGGCCAAAGAAUCCGGGAUUACUUCACCGCCCAUGGAAUUCAACUUCAUACUACUGUUAUCAAUGGUGGAGAGGCUGACAAGCGUCCAGAGGCCGUUGAUAAACUACUCGAUGCCAUGUGCGAAUACAAGCUUCGCAGACGUGAACCAUUCCUGGCCAUUGGUGGAGGAUGCGUUCUGGAUAUUGCCGGUUUGGCAGCAUGCACAUACCGUCGCGGUGUCCCAUUUGUUCGUGUUCCAACCACACUUUUGUCUAUCGUUGACGCCAGUGUUGGAGUCAAGAAUGGUGUCGACUACUGCUGUGCCCCAAUGAACGAAAGCUUCAAGAACCGAGUGGGAUCCUUCUAUGCCCCAAGCUCGUGUCUAUUGGACACUGCCUUUAUCGCCUCCCAAGACAACAGAAAUAUUUCCAACGGUUUUGGCGAAAUUAUGAAAUUGGCACUUGUCCGGUCGCAGGAUCUCUUCGAAAUUCUUGAAACUCACGGAAAAGGCCUUAUCGACUCCAAAUUCACUAAGUGCGCUACCAUUCCUGAUGGAGUCAGCCAACGUGUUAUUGACCUAUCGAUUCAAAUCAUGCUGGAAGAACUUGGACCCAAUCUUUGGGAAUACAACCUCGAACGCUGUGUCGAUUAUGGGCACACAUUCUCCAAGUUGUUGGAGAUGGUUCCUGGGGCCGAUAUCAUGCAUGGAGAGGCCGUAAAUAUUGACGGAUUCUUCUGCUGUCUCAUUAGUUUCUUGAGAGGUUACGUCACUAUGGAAACUGUCGAACGUGUGUUCAAGUGUAUGCAAUCUCUGGAAUUGCCAACAACGUCGUCACACAUGAAGCCGGAUCUUGCAUGGCAAAGUUGCAAAGACGCCAUUGAACACAGAAAUGGUGCCCAACGAAUUCCUCUCAUCACAGGUAUCGGUGAGAGCGUCGUCGUGAGCGAUAUCACAAGAGAAGAAAUCGACCGAGCCCUUGAUCUCCUUGCCAAGUUUGAACACCAAAAAAGUGGAGAAUAA